AUGGCAACUUCAAACGUAUCCGCUUCUUCUUUGCCUAAUGAAAUAUAUUUAUCUAUUUUCACCCAUCUUUCUAAAUCUAACCUCCUCGCCGCUUCUUUAGUAUGCCAUAAGUGGCAUAUUUCUUUUAUCUCUUUCCUAUUUUCAAAUCUUUUUAUAAAAUCUUCUCGCCAAUUAUCUCUACUCAAUAAAUACAGUCUAUUAAAACGUCACUCUCAUUUAAUUCUUUCUCUAUCUCUCUUUAAAUUACAUCUUUCCCCCCAAGAUAAGCAAUUACUUUUAACUACGUGCAAAAAUCUUAAUAAACUCACCUUAAUAAAAUGUUGUAACAUUGAUUCGGAUUUCUUAAGAGAUAUUAUAAGAAAUAAUAAGAAUUCAAUAGAAAUUUUUAAUAUCUGGGGUGAACGAAGUAUUAAUAAUUCGAGAAUUAAUAUUAACAGUACUGAAAUAAAUGAUGAAUUAUUGAGUCCGAUGAUAGAAUUUUGCGGAAAUUUAAGAGAAUUACGUAUCUGUGGCGCUGAGAUCACCGAUAGUAUUUUAAUUCGUUUAAUUUCAUCAUUAGAUGAUCCAAUAUCUCCUAGAAAUCCUUCUUCUUCCUCUGUUGAUAAUUAUAAUUCUGGUGAAAGUAAUUUCAAUUCUUCUUCUUCACAAGAUUUAUUAGUAAAUUCCCUUUCUUCUCCUAUAUUAUCUCAUACCUAUCCGCAUCUUCAUUCAUUGGACUUUACUGAAUGUUUUAAUUUGACUGCUUUUGGAAUAGCCGAAUUAUUCUCUCCUGAUAAUUUACCAAGUUUUCAUUCUUUAACUCUUCAACAUAACCCACAGAAUGAAUUGGAUUUGGAAUUCUUUGAAUUUCUUGCUGAUAGUUUCAAAUCUCAUUCAUUUAAAAUUAUCAUCUUAAAUUCAAAGAGAUUUGAUGAAAAAAAUAAAAAGGUUUUACAUACUUUUGCCAGAAUUACUAAAGAUCUGGAAGUUCUUGGAACAAAGAAAGACAAUGUUCAUGUUAUUAAACAUGAAAAAGAAAUGGAUGAUUCCGAAAUUUUGUGUUCUAUUGGAAUAAGUAGUCCUUUCAUGUAUGCAUGA